AUGGUCGGGCAGCGAAUAGGCCGAUAUCUUGCGCUGCGCAGGCGCAUCGUCCGCUCUGAUUGCCUCGUCUCAAUGGCGGAUGGUGGAUCGCGAAUGACUCUGUCAAAGCGUAGUUUUAUGGAAACUCAGUGCGCAGUGGUUACAACGUCUUCGAUAUUUGCCCACUGGCUGCCGACGGACCACGACGACGACGAGAUUCAAGUUGGCGGCAUUUUGGCGGUGGACGGCGCGAGCGCGCGACGGAACGGGUCACGAACGUGUGAAAUCAGCUGUGGCUGCGAAGUGGUCGCCGCCUAA